AUGUCUCUCAAGGGCGAGCUCCGGCAAGCUACCAAUCAAGCCAUUAGCAUCCUCCAGGACAACUACCCUGAGUUCGUCGCCAGACAGGUGUUCAUCAAUGUGCCCUGGUGGUACCUAGCAUUCAACAAGAUGAUCAGUCCAUUCCUGACCCCGAGGACCAAGAGCAAGUUUGUUUUUGCAGGGCCUUCCAAAUCUGCUGAGACUCUAUUCAAAUACCUAACCCCAGGGUUGGAAUUGGUUCCAAGACGAAACCGGGCAAAAUUUAACCAGCGGACUGACGAUAUAUUGUGA